AGGGAUGUAAUUUUGGUGAGGAACUGGUUGCCAUUGACGUCAAAGAUAUAAGUUAUAUCCGGGAGAACCGAGAACCUCUACGGCCUCCUCAACAAUUCUCACUGUAGCGAGGAACUCAGUCACCAUGAGACUAUCGUUGAGGCUGGGAUUGGCGAGCGCCAUUGCCACCACCGGUGUCAUAGGAUUUCAGUAUCCCGACUGUGUCAAUGGGCCACUCGCAAACAAUACGGUGUGCGAUGCGAAGGCAGCUCCCCCUGACCGGGCGGCCGCUUUGGUCAAGGCCCUGAAAAUCGAGGAGAAACUUGAGAAUCUCGUUGAUAUGAGCAAGGGUGCCGAGCGACUUGGAUUGCCGCCCUAUGCUUGGUGGAGCGAGGCGCUCCAUGGCGUUGCCGCAUCCCCCGGAGUGAGGUUCAACCGGACUGAGGGAGGCCGUUUCUCAUAUGCCACCUCCUUUGCCAACACCAUUACGCUAGCCGCGGCAUUUGACGACGAUCUCGUUUACAAGGUAGCAGACAAGAUUAGUACUGAAGCCCGCGCUUUUGCCAAUGCUGGGUUGGCUGGCCUUGAUUACUGGACUCCGAAUAUCAACCCCUACAAGGAUCCCCGAUGGGGAAGAGGGCACGAGACGCCGGGCGAGGACCCAGUCCGCAUCAAGGGGUAUGUCAAGGCGCUCCUCGCGGGUCUUGAAGGGGAUGACCCUUCCAUUCGGAAAGUAGUUGCUACGUGCAAGCACUAUGCGGCGUACGAUCUGGAGAGGUGGCAGGGAGUCACAAGGCAUAGGUUUGACGCGGUGGUUUCCCUCCAGGAUCUGUCCGAGUACUACCUGCCGCCGUUCCAGCAGUGCGCUCGUGAUUCCAAGGUUGGCUCUUUCAUGUGCUCGUACAACGCGCUCAAUGGCACGCCAGCCUGUGCAAGCACCUAUCUUAUGGACGAUAUCUUGCGGAAGCACUGGGGGUGGACUGAGCACAACAACUACAUCACCAGUGACUGUAAUGCCGUCCAGGAUUUCCUCCCCGGUUGGCACAACUUCAGUACGACCCAAACGGAAGCUCAAGCAGCAGCAGUUGCUUACGAGGCCGGCACCGACACAGUUUGCGAGGUCCCAGGCUGGCCCCCCUACACGGAUGUCGUCGGAGCUUACAAUCAGAGCCUGCUCUCUGAGGAGGUCAUCGAUAAGGCCCUCAAGCGAUUAUACGAGGGACUGGUGCGGGUUGGGUACUUUGACGCGCCGAGUGUCAGCCCCUAUCGGUCGAUUGGGUGGGAAGAUGUCAACACCCCUGAAGCCCAAGAGCUGGCACUGCAGUCUGCAGCGGACGGUCUGGUACUUCUCAAGAAUGACGGCACCCUACCCCUGAACCUUGAAGACAAAGCGGUAGCACUCAUCGGCUUUUGGGCAAGCGGCGCCAAUAAUCGCGGCCAGAUGCUCGGCGGAUACAGUGGCUUCCCACCUUACAUCCACAGCCCCGUCGAUGCCGCCGAUAUGCUCAACUUGACCUACCACUACGCCCCGAGCCCCCUAGUACAAGAGAACAUCACCCAAGAGGUCAUAGACCUAGCCGUCGCCGCAGCCAUGUUGCCAGCCAACAAAUCCGACGUUAUCCUCUUCUUCGGCGGCACCGACACCAGCAUCGCCGCUGAAGACCUCGACCGUGAUUCGCUUGCCUGGCCCGAGAUCCAGCUCGCCGUUAUCGAAGCACUCUCGGCCCUCGGAAAGCCCCUCGUCAUCGUUCAGCUAGGCGACCAGGUCGACGACACGCCGCUGCUCACCGACCCCAACAUCUCCGCCAUCCUCUUUGCCGGAUACCCGGGCCAGUCCGGCGGCACGGCCGUGCUCAACGCCAUUACCGGCGCCUCCCCUCCCGCCGGCCGGCUCCCAGUAACCCAAUACCCAGCCUCGUACGCCGCGCAGGUCCCCAUGACAGACAUGUCCCUGCGCCCGGCCGCCGCCGCCGCCUCGGACAACACCACCACCGGCGCCAACCCCGGCCGCACCUACCGCUGGCUGCCCGCCAACAACACAGUCCUCCCCUUCGGCCACGGCCUGCACUACACCCAGUUCAAGGUGCGGCUGGGCGUGUUCCCAACCCUCAACCUGACCACAGAAGGCCUUCUGGCGGGCCCUUCCACACCACCACCACCCCACCACAAAGACCUCUGCCCCUUCCCCCACCCCAUCUCCAUCUGGAUCACCAACACCGGCCCCCGCACAUCCGACUACGUGGCCCUGCUCUUCGCGCGCGGCGAGUUCGGCCCCAAACCCUACCCGCAGCGCACGCUGGUCGGGUACAAGCGGGCGCGGGCCAUCGCGCCGGGGGAGACGGUUGCCGUGGUGGUGGAGGUGGUGCUGGGGGAUCUGGCGCGGGUGGAUGGGCGGGGGGAUCGGGUGUUGUUUCCGGGGCGGUAUGGGUUGGUGGUGGAUGUGGAUGGUAGUUAUGAUGGUGGGGAGGAUGAUGGGGAGGAUGGGGAGCGGAGGGAGGUGGUGUUUGAGGUUGCGGGGGAGGCGGUGGUGUUGGAUGAGUUUCCGCAGCCGAGGGAAUAA